UCACGUGACUAUACUAUUUUUCUCCUACAGCAACCCGUGGACCACCAAACAAACUUCCUGUUCAAGCUCCAAACUUGUCUCUGGCCUUUUUACGUUGUUGAAGAUAUCGUUCGUCUCGCAGAGGGUUAUCUGAGCAGGGGAAGCUAGCACCACGGGGGAUUUUACCCACAACUUGAAUCUCAAGAGACCGAAUCUAAACCCCACCUCUUCCUGUAUAUUUCUCUUUAUUCUGCUAGUACAUACCCCCUCCAAACAAUGGCGAAUCUUGGGACCGUCGCCCAACUCCUAGAGGCGAGCUUGGAUCCUAGGCAAAGUAAACAAGCUGAAACCGCUCUUCGUCAGGAAGAGACCAACCCGAACUUCUCCAUAUCCCUCCUCCAGAUCACUGCCUCCGAUGCAUACGCCUACAAUACCCGGCUCGCCAGUGCACUUUUCUUCAAAAAUUUCAUCAAAAGAAGCUGGACCGACGAGGAUGGAAACUAUAAACUCCCACUGGAGGUGGUGGCGGCCAUCAAACAAGAUCUUAUCAACUUGAUGAUCUCUGUUCCGCAGGGUAUACAAAUUCAACUAGGAGACGCUGUCAGUAUUAUUGCUGAUAGUGACUUUUGGGAGCGGUGGGACACGCUUGUUGACGAUCUUGUAUCGAAAUUCCAACCUGGUAACCCCGCUGCCAACAUUGGCGUUCUGACAGUUGCACACUCAAUAUUCAAGAGAUGGAGGCCGCUUUUCCGAUCCGACGAGCUGUACAUUGAGAUCAACCACGUUCUGGAGAGAUUUGGCACACCCUUCUUGACGCUUUUCCAAGGGCUCGACACAUACCUUGAAGCGAACAAGUCAAACAAGGAGCAGCUUACUCAAGGGUUCACGCAGCUCAACCUGAUGGUCAAGCUGAUGUAUGAUCUCUCCUGCCAUGACCUUCCACCAAUGUUUGAAGAAAAUUUGAGUGGAAUAGCGCAACUCCUACUCAAGUAUUUGACCUACGACAACCAACUGCUCCACACUGAUGAUGACGCCGAAUCCGGUCAACUAGAAUAUGUCCGAGCAGGGAUCUUUGAGGUUCUGACACUAUAUGUGCAGAAAUACGGGGACGAAUUCCAGCCUCAUAUUCAACAAUUCGUGGAGAGCUCCUGGAAUUUCUUAACCACAAUCGGCCAGGAGACCAAAUUUGACAUCCUUGUUAGCCGGGCAUUGAAGUUUUUGACGUCGAUCGCUGGAAUGCCACAGCAUGCCCAGGUCUUCCAAGCAGAGGACACACUGUCUCAGGUGGUUGAGAAGGUUGUUUUGCCCAAUGUCAGCCUCCGAGAAUCAGAUGAAGAGCUAUUCGAGGAUGAGCCGAUUGAGUUCAUUCGACGGGAUCUUGAAGGAUCAGACAGUGAUACAAGGCGCCGAGCCGCGACUGAUUUUUUGAAGCAGCUGAACGGAAACUUCGAAGAGUCCGUCACAAAGACAGUACUGAAAUACAUUGAGCACUACCUGACUGAAUAUACGAAAUCUCCCCAGCUCAACUGGAAAGCCAAAGAUACCGCGACUUACCUUUUUAUUGCAAUCGCAGCCAAGGGAGUCGCUACCGCCAGUCACGGUAUCACGGCUACCAACAGCCUGAUUAGCGUCACUGAUUACUUUCAAAACCACCUUGCUGCCGAUUUGGUUUCUGGAGAUGGUGUACACCCGAUUCUCAAAGUCGAUGCCAUCAAAUAUCUCUACCUUUUCCGCAGUCUGGUGACAAAGGAACAGUGGCAAGAAGUGCUCCCGAUGUUGGUGAAUCACCUUGGUUCUUCAAACUUCGUCGUGUACACCUAUGCUGCCAUUGCGGUUGAGCGAGUGCUGUAUUUCACCGACAGUCAGGGACAGCCUAUCAUCUCCGCAGAUACCAUCAAACCUUUGGCCAAGGACCUAUUAGAGCACAUUUUCUCAUUGAUUCAAAAGGACCCAGCUCCUCAAAAAGUUCAGGAAAAUGAGUUCAUCAUGAGGUGUGCCAUGAGAGUCUUGAUUGUGAUCAAGGAGGGUGUCGUCCCCAUCACCGAUAAUGUUCUGAAGCAUCUGAUCAAUAUCACACAAGUCAUCAGCAGCAACCCAAGCAACCCGAGAUUCUAUUACUUCCAUUUCGAAGCUCUGGGUGCAUUUAUCCGGUACGCUGCUCCCGCGAACCCCGAUAAGCUUGAGCAAGCGCUCUACCCCCCCUUCUCUGCUAUCCUCCAGGGGGAUGUACAAGAAUUCGUCCCGUACACCUUCCAGCUCUUCGCUGCCCUUCUUGAAGCCAACCCGUCAGGGACCUUGCCGCCACUCUACCAAGGGCUCAUUGCUCCCAUCCUCGCCCCCCAAGUAUGGGAGUCCAAGGGCAACAUCCCCGCGCUCGUCCGCCUUUUGUCGUCCAUUAUUAGCCGAGGAUCGCAGCAUAUUUUGGAGAACAAUCAGCUUAUCAACACACUUGGUAUCUUCCAAAAGUUGCUCUCAUCAAAAACCAACGAAAGCUACGGGUUUGACCUUCUUGAGACUGUGGUUGAGAACUUCCCACCGGCCACCCUAGAGCCAUACUUUGGCGAUAUCAUGCAGGUCAUUCUCACUCGCCUUCAAAACCACAAGACGGAAAGCUUGAGCCUCCGAUUUGUUCGUUUCUACCACUUCCUCUGCGCCAACGAUGGAAAAGGCUACAGCGCCGAUUUCCUCGUUCAGAUCAUCAACAAGAUCCAGGACUCACUCUAUGUACAGCUGUACUUAAACAUCAUCCUGCCAGAGUCACAAAAGCUUGCGCGCCCGUUGGACCGCAAAACAGCCGUACUGUCUCUCACCAAGACACUGGCUAAUUCCGAGGCAUUUGCAACUAGGUAUGCAAAGGGCUGGGGCUUCACGUGCCAGGCUCUGCUCAAGCUAUUGGAACUUCCGCCACUGCCUGCCAGCAAGGACGAUGUCAUUGCCGAGCAUGAUGUUGAGGACAUGGCCUUUGGUGUUGGAUUCACGGCUCUCGUUACAAUCCGGCCGCAAGUACGAGAUCCUUGGCCAGACACGGGCUCUGAUCUUAAGCUCUGGGUUGGCAAAUACCUCAAGGAGGCGGACCAAAAACAAGGGGGAAAGAUUUCAGGAUUCGUCCAGGAACGAUUAGGAGACCAAGAGAAGGCGGUGCUCGGUAGCUAUAUUGCUUAGAUCAGGCGCUCAAGAUGGGUAGCAGGCAGCUUCGGAUAAUUUAGUGCAAUCUUCAUCCAGUCCCUGGCUGUACUAGUAAGGGACAAGCUUUGAACGAUAGAAUGAUUCCAUGAUCUUCACCACAAGGACUGUCCAAACCCCUAUACCGCACCGUGUCUAUUUCAGAGAGAAUAAGUCCCCUUCAGUGCAGACUGACCUGCAACUUCCACAAGAGGUCUCUACGAGCCUGCCUCACCUUCACGCUAUUAUUGAUUACGCUUCUAAGGCUUUACCUCUUGACCACCUCAUAAUUCCCCUCCAUCUUGAUGAGCCUCGCCUCCUCCUUCUCCACGCUCUACCUCCUUCUUCUCCAAUUCGCGAUACUUCCUCCGACUCUUCUUUGCGCGGCUCGCCUUCUUCUUCCGCUCCCGCUCCGCCUUGAGCGCAACGCGGCUUUCGUCCCCCUUCAAUAGCUGCUCGACUUUAUCUGCAAGUAUUUGGCGCGCGAUUUUCUCAUUCUGGGACUGCGAUCGCGUGGCCUGGGAUUUCACGACGAUACCCGUGGGCUUAUGAAUCAAUUGAACGGCGGAGUUUGUUUUAUUCUGGAAGGAAUGGACUGGGUCAGCGAGCGAUAAGGGGAUAAUGUUGGGUUGAGCGCAGGACGGAGCGGAGGUGAGUGGAAGGUAAGGGGAGGUAUAUACGUACAAUUUUCUGACCUCCUGGGCCAGUGCCCUUGAGGUAAGAGGUGGUUAUGUCGGCAUCGAGAAGCUUCAGGCGCGGCGGAAGGGCCUUUUCGGAAAAGGACUGAGAGAUCGAGAGGGAUCGCUUAGCUAGGACUUGGACGGCCGAAUUGCAGAUUGGGAUUUGUCGUAGAUGGCGCAGCAUUAUCGGUCAUGGUGAUUGCCUGAGCUUCCCUCUGCGCGGCGGAGACAGACCCUCGGACAAGAACUUGAGCGGGCGGGGAGUGGAUUCGGUUGGCUGGGUCUGUUGUCGUGGAUUAGCUAGGUAUAGAUUUAGAUUUUAUGCAUAUAACGACAUCCAGAAGGAGCUUUUGUACAUAAACUCUAAUAU